AUGGCCGAACCCGAAGAGGCCGGCUCGUUUACCUACAGUGCAGACCUGGACAGAGCAACCGCUGCAAACUAUAAACCGAAAACACAGUACCGUUACGGCCUCGCGGGCGACAAGUACGACGUGGAAUUCCAGAGGAAAGACGUGAAAGAUGCGAUCCACAUCAUCACAUCCGAGAUCAAACGGAAAGGAACGAAAACCCCGUAUUUGCUACUGCCCUUCAGACCACAACAACAUGAGCCGGCCCUCAAGUCUUUCUUAAAUGCCAUAUUCGACAACGGAAAAGUGGCAGAUCCAGAAGUAGUCCGUGCAGAAACAAGCCAAGCGAGUCCCUACGUGCUGAUCAGUGCGCUCAAAUUCUUCUGGUGCCGACUCCCGGGAAAUUGCGUGGUAGGCUGGAAGACAUACACCAAGUUCGUCACGCUCGACGAGGAGGCAGGCUUCCCCAAACGUGCGUUUCUGGAGUUCAUGCCGAGCUGUCUUUCGUCCGGCGCGCACGCGUCGAUCGUGUACGAUUUCUUUGACCUAAUCGUUGCACUGAUCCUUAACUCGAAGCACAACAUGCUCAGUGCGAAGAAGGUGGCCAGGCUGUGCGGCCUGUGGGCGUUCCAUCCUGUGAAAAACAAACAGAACGAAACCCCAAGUUUCGAGAGAGGCAUGUACGAGUGGAUCCCUGCAGGCGAUGCGACCUUCCACUUGCUGCUUUCCUUUCUUGAUUCGAUGCCGCCAAAGGGACAAAUAGAAAAGUUGCCCAAGUCAUUACAGCAUAUCUUGAAAAAUACCCCGUACCCUCCACCGGCAACAACCACAUCCAGCUCGUCGUCGCGUUUUCUCCAGGAAGUGCCUAUGAUCACCAUCAAGGUGAACAAUCCGUCAAAGAACCCGGCAGAAUUGCUGGUAAGAGUCUCCAAGACCCUAAAAUUCAACGACCCGACCGUGUUCUACACCAGAGAAGACUAUCUACUACUCAAGCGGCUAUUCAAAGACGUGGACGGUCUUAUAAGCAAACUCUCGAGCGAGGGAAGCCGUCUUCUGGACAAUAUGUGCAUAUUCGACGAAGACAUGAUCAGCGAUGGGACCUCAGGUAACCAGCUGGCUUACAAGCUUGUUCCCGGUUGGUCUGCAGAUAUGACAUCUCCGAAGCCCGUCGAGCUGCGCGAUGCGGAUUACUUCACAGCUACCGUCUCGAGGGCUACUAUAGACGACUAUUUUAUAUGGACAUGGUUGGCUUCUCUGGGCAGCGAGGAGACUAGUGCCAAAAAGAAAAUGUUUGGUAAGACAUACAUCAUGGAGGUCGAGCUUGCAGAAGGUUUCAAGAAAUGGGUCAUUGUGGAGGAACAGGAUAUCGAAAGGGAUAACUAUGAUAUUGAGAUGGAGCUUAAGCAGGAGAAGCUCAAGUACUUGCAAGACAAGAUCCGGGAGGCUGAGAAGGAGGUCGAAAAGAUGAAGGUUGCCAACAGAACGAGGGUUGUGUCCGAGAGCAAAGACCUGAAUGAUAUCACCAAUAAGAUAUCUGAACCUCUUCCUUCCAAGCCAUAUGAAACAAGCCCCUUACCGCCUCCUCCUGUUCCAGAAAAGGAUUUUCCAAGAACUCCUGAUGGGAAAGAGAAUGGGUCUUCUAACCCGCCAAAUGAGCGCGGUGCCAAAGCCUAUAGUGGCAGUUCUUAUUAUACUGCACUGCAGACUCCGUCUCCUGCGAGAGACGACAGAAAACCGCCGCCAAUGAGACCGAUUAGCGAACUGACACAUGAGGUUGACAGGUCGGCGAUAUUAUUGCCACCUCCAGCCAGCGUUCCCGCAAAUAAGACCGUGCGUACUAAUAACAGGCUCCCACCACCUCAGCACGAUCAUUUGGCGCCACAGCCGAAGCAGGAACAUCACAGAGAGCAACCUGCGGAUGAUUUGCAAAACCGUCGUUCGGCGGUCAGCCAGAAACCUCUGCCUCCGGUAAAGCAGAAAGUUGUGCCUGGCUCUUUCUCACACCAGGCACUCGCAUAUACCCCUGAGAAUAUUUCGCCAGAAACUACAGCCUCUGCUGCCUUAGCGUCUCCUUCACCGGCACCGAUAGCAGCUUCGUCGCCGGCUUCAGUCUCAGUGCCUAGCUUUGAGCCGCCAAGGAUGCUGCAGCAGAAACGCAACUCCAAGAUUAUCGAUGACAUCGAGAGUUUGGAGUCUGAAUUGAUGGAUGUCCUGAAGGAUGACGAGGAGCCCGCAGAUUCAGCCGAACCGUCACCUCACAAAGCCAGAAUCUCGCCUCCUGUCCAUAUACGCGGCCCAGUGCAUGCGGCCGCGCCAUCUGGAUCAAACCAGGCUAUGCAGCGUUACUCUCACCACGGGGCUCCCUCAAUCGGCUACGGCAUCAACGCUCCUCGUCCAGCAUACGCGUCGCCGGCUCCGCGGUCUCGCUCGUCGUCUCUGCUGCGCUACGACCAGAGCUUAUCACCGUCACCGGAGCACGUGGCACAGUCUCCAUACGGCUCUCCUGGUUUCGAACAACGCGGCAGGAUGCCUCCUCCUAUGCAGGCAGUGCAACCAAUGCCUAUGAACUACUACCCACAAUACCCCCAAUACCGUACAUACCCGGUGCCCCCGCCAAACGGUUAUGCUGUUCCCCACGGUCUACCGUACGGGGGCUACCCUCCGCCAAACGGCUACGCUGCUGCUGCUGUUCCUCCUCAGGGCUACGCACCUGCGCCAGCUUAUGGUGGUGGCCAAUUUGCCCCGGCUCCUGUGGGUCUUGCGCCCCGCCACAAGAACAAGAACCAGAACCCAAACAAGACGCAGGCGCGCAAUGCUCUCAUGAAAGGCGAUUUCGGAAUAUGA